AUGAUGGCAGCGCGCAGGCAGCAGGCGCGUGGGCAGCAGGGGCGCACGGGUACCAGGGAAGCGCAGGCAGCAGGCGCGCGCGGGCAACAGGCGCGCGCGAGUAGCAGUGUCGCACGGGGAAGGGCUGCAUGCAGGCAGCAGGGGCGCGCAGGCAGCAGAUGCGCGUGGGUAACAGGGGCGCGCGGGCAGCAGGAUGCACGUGCAGCAGGGAUGCUCAGGCAGAAGGCGCGCGCCGUCAGCAGAGGCGCGCAGGCUGCAGGGGCGCGCGGGCAUCAGGAGCGCGCGGACAGCAGGAGCGCGCGGGCAGCAGGGGCGCGCGGGCAGCAGGGGCGCACGGGCAGCAGAGGCGCGCGGGCAGCAGGGGCGCUCGGGCAGUAG